AUGCUGUUGAUUCUGCUGUCAGUGGCCCCCAGCCUGAGCUCAGCUCAGAAUUUAAAUGAAGAUGUCGGCCAGGAGUCUUCUCUCUUUCUCCUCCCAGAACAUCAACAAGGACAACAACCACCCCAACAAGGAGGCAGGAAACCUCAAGGUCCCCCACCUCCAGGAAAGCCACAAGGACCACCCCAACAAAGGAGGCAGCGACAUCAAGGUCCCCCACCUCCAGGAAGGCCACAAGGACUCCCCAACAAAGGAGGCAACGGGCCCCAAGGUCCCCCACCUCCAGGAGGGCCACAAGGACCACCCCAACAAGGAGGCAGGAAACCUCAAGGUCCCCCACCUCCAGGAAAGCCACAAGGACCACCCCAACAAGGAGGCAACAGACAUCAAGGUCCCCCACCUCCAGGAAGGCCACAAGGACCACCCCAACAAGGAGGCAAUGCUCAGCAGGCUCAGCCACCUCCUGCUGGAAGGCCCAGGGACCACCAUCCGCUCCUCAAGGGGGCAGACCCGCCGGACCUCCCCAGGGACAGUCUCCCCAGUAAUCUAGGAUUCAAUGACAGGUAUGAUUCCAGUUGA